GUUGACAGGAAUAGGAAUAUUUUGGUAAAUAAAUGGCAACGUGCUUUGUGAUUUUAAUUUGCAGUGUUUAAUAGCAUUAAAAUGAACGAAAACAAUAUGAAGGAGUUUGCUGAGUUAGGAAUUAAAACAUGGCUGAUCAAGCAGCUUCAUACUCUUGGUAUAAAGGCUCCAACUCCCAUUCAAAAAGCAUGCAUUCCAGACAUUCUCUCUGGAAACGAUUGUAUCGGAGCAGCCAAGACUGGCUCAGGGAAGACUUUUGCGUUUGCAUUGCCAAUAUUACAAAACCUAGCGGAGGAUCCUUAUGGAAUUUAUGCACUUAUACUUACACCAACACAUGAACUUGCUUACCAGAUAGCAGAUCAAUUCAGUAUACUAGGUAAACCACUGAACCUCAGAGUAUGUAUAGUGACGGGAGGAUCAGAUCAAAUGGAGGAAUCACUAAAGCUGGCUAAAAAGCCCCAUAUAGUGGUAGCAAUGCCUGGACGAUUGGCCGAUCACAUAACUGGCUGUGAUACAUUCAGUUUGAAGAAGAUUAAAUAUUUAGUUUUGGAUGAAGCUGAUAGAUUGUUUAGUGAAUCUUUUAAAGAUGAUUUAGACACAAUAUUCGGUGUUUUGCCACAAAAUCGUCAGAAUUUACUGUUUUCCGCAACAAUAACUGAAGAUGUUAAAGAAUCUAAGCAACUGCCGUUAAACAAAGAUCGACUCACAAUAUGGUCGGAGAUUGAUUCUCAGUUAACAGUGAGCACGUUGUCUCAACGCUAUGUAGUGUGUCCGGCGUACGCACGCGACGUAUACCUCGUGCAGGCGCUGCGACAGUACAGAGAGACCACACCGACCGCACAUGUUAUUGUCUUCACAGAUACUAAGAAGGAGUGUCAAGUGUUAUCAAUGAUGUUAAACUCUAUCGGUAUGGACAAUGUUUGCUUGCACGGGUUCAUGCGCCAGCGCGAGCGCGCGGCCGCGCUGGCGCAGUUCCGCAGUAACCUGAAGUGUACACUCAUCGCCACUAAUGUAGCGGCGCGAGGACUGGAUAUACCCUCAGUACAGCUCGUUGUCAACCACAAAUUACCGCUGGAACCAAAGGAGUAUAUACACAGGGUAGGUCGCACCGCACGCGCGGGACGGACAGGCAUGGCGAUAUCUCUCAUCACGCCAUACGACAUCCUGAGACUUGGCGAGAUCGAAGAUCAAAUCAAAACCAAACUCAGCGAGUACAAGAUUGAUGAUGAUGAAGCAGUGAAGGUGUUCACGAGUGUGAGCGUGGCGCGGCGCGAGCAGGAGGCGCAGCUCGACAACGAGGAGUUCGAGCAGCGCCGCCGCAACUACCGCCACAAGAGGUGGCUCAUGGCGGGGGUGGAUCCUGAGGUUAUGGAACAAGGUCUGGAGGAAAUGCGUCGUAAGCGUGUAAAAGCAGCUAAGAAAGCGAAACUCGAGAAAAUAAAGCAAAUCCAAGCACAAAUCAAGAACAAUAAAGAAGAUCGUCUUCUGCCAGAAAAUGAGAACAUAGAUGUAUCUAUAAAAGAUGGCUUAAAGAAAGUCAACAAAAGUCUUAUGAAGAAAGAUGAUAGAUUUAAGAAUGUUAUAGGAAAGAUAGUCAAAAUAAAGCGUAAAGCUGAUAAUCUUAAAGAGAAGAGCGUAGAAAAGGAAGUCAAAAGGAAAAAGAAAGUUUUGAGUAAAAAAGUUUUAAGUGGUAAAUAAAAAAAUAUUAAAAAACUCUAGUUUUC